AUGAUGCUGCAGGCGGCAGUAUUGGAGGUUCUGGGUCGGACGAGUGGGCCGUGGCUGCCAGCCUUCUUGGCUCCUUUCGUGGCUCCCCUCACCAAUGCCAUGGAAAGCUUGCGUGCGACACAAGACAAACCCGGUCAACAUAUCCCACAACUCCUUAUUACGGUCAGCAUCGACAGAGAGGCCUCGGCAGUCCCACAGGGGAUGUUCCAAUGUGUUCAAACUCUGCUGCAAGUCCGGGUGUUAGGGGAUGUGGGAGUGGAGCCUGCACGCGUCGGCCAACAGAAGCGUGGUUUCUGGGUCGAGAGCUGGUACCUGCAUUGGAGAGCUGUUGGUGAAGGUAUGGUGACGACGCUGCCAAGCGCGUUGUUUAAAGAUGCGUCGAGGAACUCAAGUUCACCAGGUGUGGGGGCUUCACUCUAA